UUGGUCUUGUCGAGAUUGAGUUUCAGGUGAUGGUCAGACAUCCACUGAGAGACGUUGGUCAGACAAGUGCUGUACGCUAUGGUUUAUAUUUACUGUAUAUGAAUUGGUUGAUGUUUUGCUUCAAAACAGCAAAAGUUCCUUCUUUCUUCCUUCAUAUAGGUCUAGCUAUUUUCUAGUUUUCGCUUUGUUUCUUCUUCUUCAGAAUUCUCUGUUUCAGUGUGUUCUCUGGGGCUGCAGGAUGCUACUCUACAGCGCAACUCCGAGCAAGCCACGCAAGACACUGUAUUGCAGACUUUACAGUUUACAGGCGGCUACAGCGUGUACAAAAGCGUGUCAUAAAUAGAAAUGUGGGAUUUUUAAAGCAGAGAUAUUGCGGUUAAAGCUAUUGAGCUAAAAUGAUAAUAUUUACAUAUAAAAAUUAACAAAAUAUUUUAAAUGUAAAAACAAGGGGCGUAUCUCAUGCAGCCAGUGGAGUACUAUGAUCCCACACUGAUUUUGAGUCAAUUUAUCACAUGACCUGGAAGCUAUUGAGCUAAAAUGCUAAUAUGUAUACAUAAGAAUUAAUAAAAAAAUAUGAACAGAUUUUUAAAUGUAAAAACAAGGGGUGUGUCUCAUGCAGCCAGUGGAGUACUAUGAUCCCACACUGAUUUUGAGACUGAUCAUGUGACAUAAUAUCCAACUUAAAACUAACUUCACUGCAGUACGUAACUACCGUCGCAAACAUGUUUCAGUUGACUCGGAGUGAAGAUGGAGGAGAGACACUCCGACAGAUGUGGAGAUCUAACAACACGACUGGACAGAUCUACUGGACAGUGUGUGCCGUGUAUUAUAAAGCCAGGAUAUGAAGUUACACCUAACUGUGGCUUUGACGACCAUGGAGGGAGACAUGAGUCUCCUUUCAGAGAGUGCAGAGACAACACUUAUAAUGAUGGCAGCAGAGCACACUGUCAUCCCUGCACUCCAUGUCCGUCUGGAUACUUUAUUAUAGGCUCCUGCAACUCAACCACUGACACACAGUGCCGAAGCCAGAAGACUUCAGUCACAACAACAUAUUAUGCGACAUCUACAGGCCAGCCAGAUGCUGCUGGUGUACAAUGGGAAGUGCCAGUCAUCCUAAUUUCCAUCAUCCUUGUUCUAUUAUCUGCUUGCAUCAUCUAUAAGAAGUGGACCAGAGGUCGGCAUAGACAGCUGUGUUACAGAAGGAAGUCUUCAAUAAUUCGAGAGGGGUUCUUUUCCUUCUCUGCACCUGCUGGCAACAGUGAUCUGGACGCCAUCCUCAUUCCUGGCAUACAGUCUGCACCUUUACAGACAGUGCUGGACAACCUGGAUGUUUUGGAGGAGCUGGUGAUUUUGUUGGACCCUGACAACCAAAAUGUAAAGAACACUAGACACCUGGCAUCGCACUGGUCCUUCCCCACCACCCAGAUCAAUUAUAUUUACUCUAUGAAGGACAUUAAAAGCCCCCUGAAGGCUGUGCUGGAGGCAGUCGCUAGCAGGCAUCCUGACUGGACAGUCGGCCACCUUGCUACGCUGCUCAGGAAAAUGGAGCGCAAUGAUGCCGUUGCGGUUCUCACCCAGUUACAGAAUGAGAUGGCUGUAUAGCCAAGGUCACAAAUAGUUGGCUCAGGGUCCAGAUCUGGACCCAGACCUAUUACCAUAAAUGCGACAUAACUGUCUUGUUGGACUAUUUGUAUUUUAUUUAGUUUAACAUUUCCUAUAUUCAUUACUUUUAUGCCCAUUUACUAUUUUAUUACUAUGCAGAAUAUUUUUUCUGUGUUCAUACGUCUAUUGUAAACAUCACUGUAGACUUGUUUAUUAAUGUGUUAGUCUCAUUGUGGUCAGCAGAACGGUCUUAUACAUAUUCACAUUUGUUGGAGGUAAGCCUGUUGCUCUUGAAACGUUUCCCAUAAGUAAUACAUUGCGCUAUAUCUCUUUUUUGGUUUCAAAUCUAUUCUAUUUGAUUGAAUAAUAAAGGAACAGAAUUCUCUC